GAGGAGUGAGGACUCAGAAAAAUUUACAGCAGGCCCUUCAAGUUUGGCUUGCCAACUUCUUGCUCUGCUAAAAUGAUCACGAAAGGGUGGUACUUGUGUUUUCAAAGGCUGCCUCAGCAAAGCUAGAAUACUAGAAACUUACAACAAAAAUGAUACCUCCUCGUGCGCCUGCUCUUGCCGACCUUUGUGGUGACAAUCGGGUUCUUCAGGAUGCUCUGGCACUUGGAUUCUCUGCUGGCGUCGCGAUGUACUCUUCGCCGACAGAGGUUGGAGGCUUUGCUGCCGUAGCUGGAUCUUCGCCUCCUGCCUCGAAGCCCGACUUGAAGAAAUCAACGGCCUCAGGUAAUCGUGAGCGCGGCGAUUUCUUGUUAAGGCGAGCGAGGCGAUUUCUUGUUAAGUGGUCGUUGUGAUGAUGGAUUUUCUUUCAGUUUUCUACACUCCUCGUCCUGCAAGCCUGAGAAAGAAAUCGAUCGAACUUCGGAAGCCUGAAAGAAAUCGCGCAAGCUGGGAGGUACUUCCUCAUCGACUAGUGAUCUCUAUCUCAUCUAAAUACAACUUAACACUACUCUAGAAUACAAUUGAUAGAGGAGGUCAGCAUCCUCUAUCAAUAUUUAGAGUGUUAAGGAGGAGGAUCACACUCUAGAAUACAAUUGAUAGAGGUCAACAGCAGGAUCCUCUAAUCCGAGGAUGCUGACCUCUAAUCUCCAACUACGCCUUGACACCACACCCGUUUCCGAAGGGAAUUUACGACUACUUGUACACUAGAGGGACGCCUCUGAACCAGCAGCUGCUGGAUAUGCUGUGCUUCGAUCCGGAAAAGUUUUUAUUUCCUGUGUUGGAGAAGAGCGGCGUUGCAGCAAACGACGAAAUCACCGGGAAUUUGAUCCAUAUAGCGCGAAGGGUGUAUGGGGCGGCGAGGAAGUAUAGGAAUGAAUAUGGCAAUACCCCGGAUGUAGGUCGCUUUUUUUGGACCACUCGAGAUUAAUAUCAUAAUUUGGAGAUAUAAUUACAGAAUCCGAGCAGGUGCGGCUUGGCCGUGAAGCGGUGGACCCUCAACCUUAACCUUAACCGAAUGGUCCUCUUUGUAUCCGCAUUACAGUCCCGCCCAUGAGUCCAAGUUCCCUUUUUGAUUUCCAUCUUCUAGCGCCUUGUUAUCACUAGUAUAGUAUAUGCUUAAACACCAAUAUCUGUAAAAGCGCAAGCCUUCAUCUCCCGCUUCGAAUGUUUAUAUGCCGCAACGAUUUCAUGCUGGAUAGCGACUUCACAGCCAAGCAAGUCGAACUCAACACAAUGGCUGCCUCGUUUGGAGGGAUGUCUGAGGCGGUGGAGGAACUGCAGGGGACAUUUGUAACGAGAUUGCAAGUUAUGGUGUCGAGGCUGUAGUGGGUUUUUUGAACGUGGUAAAAAGAGUAAGGAGGUUUGUUCUUGAAAACGCGUUCGCAGGACAGACUACUUAGUUCUCCAGGGGACGAUGCUUGAAAAUGAAUACAAUCUUCAAAAACUGAUCACACUUUUGCUUUCCUUCAUACUUCCGAGAUCCGCAAGUGCUCGCUCUUCUUUUCUCUCGGUUUUGACUGAAGGAGACCAAAACGCACGAGACGAAGCCGCAGUAGACAACUCAGAGUCAACAACAGUAGUCGAAGAAAUCUCAGCUGCCUUCCACAAAGCAGAGGUAGCGCAGAAAGUGAAAACUACAAGAAAGGGGAGUAGUGCAUCGUCGGGCGGUAGAGCAGGACAUUCUUCUAUUAUUAUGGCUCUCGGAGACUUGACCGAAGUCCUCUCUACAUUCUAACUCGUUCGAAGUACUGGUCUUGAAAAGUCCUAGGUUCAUCUUAUUAUUAUGGCUCUCGGGAAAUCGAUUACUUCUUGCUAGCAUUCUUUCCGUUACAGCAGCCGUUCUACUGUCAAAUUUCAAAACUUUCUAAUUUUCCAACCGGCUUCGGCCGCGCCUUUGCGGAUUUGAGAAGUCUCUACGCAGAGACGUACUGCCCAGACGAAAAAAGGUUCCAACUGGGUGUGCUUUUCGUCGCAGAUGAAGACGAAAGAAAUGAAAUGGACCAUAGAAAAAUGGAGCGCGGAAUCUUGCGUGAGUCCGGCAUGUUGUGCAUCCGCCGUAGCUUCCAAGCUUUAGAAUCUGACUUACAGUCCGGCACUUUAGUUUUGGAGAAUGGCAGCAAUGCGCUGUAUCACUACUUUGAUGACGGACUUGGGUCAACAGAGGAGGAGACUGGUGGAGGAGCGAUGAAAAAUGCAGGACUGGACUGGAAUGGGAGGGACGUACUCUUGCAUAUGCUUCCCGCACACUUGAUGCGCAUGUUUCCCGAGCUUUGAUAAUUAGCAAGUAUAGCAAUUAUACUUUGGUCUUGAGUGUACGAAUCUUCCUGCAUCCUAAGUGAAAAACCACCCUCACCAACACCACAGCCUCAAGGCACCGAGAUUGUUGGGAUAUAUUUUCGAUCGGGCUAUUGGCCAGGACAUUUACAUAAGCCCGAAGAAGAAAAUGCUGGUGCAGCCCCUAUGUCCGGUUAUUGGCCAGUCCGCUAUUUUUUAGAAAAGUCCCGAGCUGCAAAAGUACCAUCCGCCUUGGGGCAACUGGUGGGCAUGAAGAAGAUACAGCAGCUGCUGAGUGAGAACACAUUAUGAAGAGGAGAUGUUACUUCCUUUUCGUAGAUGACUUAACUUUCUCAGGGAAAGUUUUGUCUUUCUCACAGGACAAUCACAGACAUUUUCACAGAAUUUUGUUAUCUCAUCAUGCUCAGCACUAUGAAUUAUUUUACUCUAUUGCUAUUGACAUGUUUGCUCGCUCGGCGAGUCUCACCCCUUCCGUCCUCUAAUGAUUCCUUCAUCUUCCAGUACUUCUGCGAAUGUGUUUGAGAAAGCGGGGAUCGAGCCAGAACGCGCCAAGGACAUGGAACUAGCAAGAAAAGAACUCGAGCCGUAUUUUGCAGAACAAUUCGAUCCGUUUGAGGAGAUGCUGACAACAAGAAAACGGGAUCGACGAGAAAUAGACUUGCUGAGGCAGAUGAUCACGGCGUUCUGUAGUUGGUAUGAGAGGAGGAAAGCAGAUUUGUUGCAGAAGGAUUCGAGUACUACUAGUCGUCGUAGUCCACCUGCUAGUCCCGCCAGAAGUAGGCAUGAACCAUCUUCACAACCUGGAAAAAAAGAAGGACUACAACGAGAAGAUCAUAACUCGUUUGAAAAAACCUUUCCCGACGCAUAUGCGACACUAGUAAGUUUUUUCCCGCUUCUCAGCAAACCACUCUUGUAUCCCCAGGCUUACGUGAUGAAAAGCCAGAUAGAAGGGUCGGGAGCAGUGAUAUUUGACAUCGAAAUGCAGGACAUCUUGAUCGAAGCAUUGCGGCAACACUACUUGAUCGAACAGGAACAGGCGUCGCCAUCAACGUCAACAUCAAAAAACGGCCGGCUGACGAGUCGUACUGGCGAAACAGAAGCGGUAGGAGAUCAAGAAAAGAAGAAGGAAGAAAUACUUCAAGCAGCACGAAAUUUAGCACAGUACAUAAUCAUGCGGAAAAUUGAUGCGCCUAGCUUUCCAUCAGCAGUAGUCGUGCGCGAUGCAGCGGGUGAAGCGGUUUUGCAGUACAGGGAUGCGGCAGUUGUUAUGACAAAUGUAGUUGUUUGAAAAUCAGAAGAGUGUAUGCAGUUAGCAUGGCGGCGUUUGGCUUUAGAGGUUGUAUUGACAUCUGGAUUUAGAGGCACUUAACAGCUCCGCCUGGGGCACUUAACAGUUGCGCCAGAGGCGCUCAACGGUUUCGCCUGAGGCACUUAGCGGCCGCGCUUGAGGUAAUUAACGGCUUCGCCAGAGGCCCUUAGCGGUUUCGCCUGAGGCGCUUCGCGGUUUCGCCUGAGGCGCUUAACGGUUGCGCGUGAGGCGCUUAGCGGUGUCGCCUGAUCCGCUCGAUAGCUGCGCCUGAGGCGCUUAACGGUUGCGCGUGAGAUGCCUAACGGUUUCGCCCGAGGCGCUUAACGGUUGCGCCUGAGGUGCCUAACGGCUUCGCCUGAGGCGCUUAACGGCUUCGCCUGAGGCACUUAAUAUCGGCUGCGCCUGCGGCGCUUAACGGUUGCGCCUGAGGCGCAUAGCGGCUGCGCUUGGGGUGCGCAACUACUUCGCCAUGCCCCCUUGGGUGCCUCACCUGAACCGCUUAAAAGCUGCUGCUUCCCUAAGUGCUGCUACAACAGCGAUGCCUAUUAAUCCAGAAAAAACAGUGUAACAGGAAAGCCCGCCCAUCCAAUUCUACAUCACACUUUCAUACUCUGCGAAAUCGGGUUCUAUUCGUGCUUCGUUGGCGGUCCUGGUGGCGUCGUACGCGCAAACAGAUGCUACGGCCACUUACUGCGCUCAAAAGGGGUGGAUACAAAGCAAGGAGGCGUCUUCAUGGGGAAUGCUGUCAUUGAUGCACCGUUAUUGGUUUAAAAGAAUACAAAAAGGGUCAAUCUCUUUCUCUCUGGUGCAUGCUUCAGGAUUUUUGAAGAACAACACAUACAACAAAACCAAGUUCACUACACUUUUAUCCGAUGAAUCUGCACAUGAACAAAGUGUAAGCGUCAAGAAAAUCUCGACUAAGUCAACAGAUCAACCUGAAAUCAGAU